CAAAUAUUUGAGGAAAUCAAAUUUUUUUUUCAGAAUGAAGACUUUAUUUAAGGAAGCUCUGAAGGAGUUUAGCGAUAGUGAUAUUUGGAAACCAUCUUUCUAUUGUAUUCUCACCUAUAUGCUAGGGUUCGGUUGGUUUCUUGUUGUAUGGGUCUGUAUUGAUAUAAUCCCGGAUCGAAGCAAUUUAAAGAAAUCUGCUCUCUUGCUCGCUGCACACUUCAUGUAUCAGAAAAUGGAUGAUUCUUGUUUAUCUAAACCACAUAAUCACCUGAUCCCAUCUACUCCGGACCACAUUCAACCACAAGUUCCCAAGGAUCUGCAGAAGGGCUCACAGAUCGAGUCCGCCAACUCAGUUAAAUGGUUUAAUGAUAUCAUUCAAGUGUUCUGGAACAAGAUUUUAUCUCAUGUUGUGAGCGAGGAUAUGAUUAACAUUAUACUUGAUGAUGUCCUGGUGAAAAUGAAAGAAGAAAACCCAACUGGAGCCUGGUUUGUGGAUAAAAUGACGAUUAGAAACCUUGAUGUUGGCAACUGUCCUCUUGUUAUUUCUGGUAUAAAGGCUAUCGCAGAAAAUCCAACUGAACUAACAUUGGACAUUGGCAUCAUGUAUCCUGGUAAUGCUGAGUUCCAACUUGGAAUUAGAGAAAUAGUAGAAACCUCUAUCAUAUCAGGACGUGAUGUCCAGUUUGCAAUGAAGUUCCGUAUCGUUCUCCCUCUGCACAAAGAUAUGACGGUGGUCGGAGCUAUUGGAGUAACCUUGCUCGACUAUCCUGUCCUACGGUUUGGACCAGAAGGUGUUCUUAGAGUCCCCAUUUACAUUCUCAAGAUAUUGAUGAAGGAAUUCGGCGGGGAUGUUCUUGACAUAAUGCUGAAAGUGCCGAGAGGAUUGAAAUUCUACGGACCUGGGAUUACUGGGGAGCAUAUUCCAACCAUUAGUUUUCCCACCGGGAUCAUCAGGGUUCUACUCCUAGACGGGAAGGAUUGCCCAAUCUCUGACAGGGGAUUCAAACAACUGCUUGGAUACACUGGAGGGAGUGCUGAUCCAUACAGUAUUCUGUCAGUUGGUAGAUACUCAGUAAGAUCUCCAGUAGUUAAUAAUACAUUAAACCCUACAUGGAACUUCUACUGUGAGUUUCCCAUACUAGAAGGAGGAUUAAAGGAUCAGGAGUUGAGAAUCUCUAUAUUGGACAGGGAUAAGGGAACAGAUGACAAGCAGAUAGGGUUUGCAAGUCUAGAUUUGAAUGACACGGCUAGGAAUGGAGAAAUAUCUGAGAUCUCCCUGAAGACUGGAAAUGAGAAUUUUAGAACUGGUCAGAUCAGGAUACGGGUGCAGUGGGUUCCAAUCUGUGAAGAACCAGAACAAGAACUCUAUCCACACCAGGAGCCUUGCUCUAAAGGGUUACUGUGCAUUUACAUCAAGCAUGUGAGAACUUCUCGACAAAUAAUCCCAUUGGUAUCUGUUCAACUUGGAGGCACUAACGAAUUGUUUACAACAGCAAAGGGAGAUUUGUGCAGAUUCUGGGAGUUUGAAGAGGAAAUCCAUAUAAUGAGCCCAGAACCUAAAUAUGACUGGAUCAAGAUUAACCUACACAACUGCGAAGACAAGGAUAAGUGGAACUCAUAUCUCGGCCGUUUCGGUCGAUUUGGCCGAAGCAUAAUCGUCGAAGAAGAUAAAGUCCUGGAAAAAUUUCUCAGUCACAAGGAGGGUACAAGUAUAAAUUAUCCCAUUAUAGCAACCUUAUCAUUUCCUGUACGAGAUUUUUAUACUGAGCAAAGGAGUGAAGAGGAAGAGGAUGGUAAAACUUUGAAGACGAUCAAUAUGAAAUCUAAUGAACCGAUCAAUGCUGAGCUACGGUAUAUGGGUCAACUUCACUUCAUCCCUCAACCAAAAUAUCCGAUAUGUAUUUAAUAGAGGGGAUUCUUCAAUCUCAAAAACAGUAAAAUAGUUAUUAGUUCCAAUUUCGUUUACUGGUAUAUUUAUCUUAUAUUUAAAUUUGAAGGAGCUCAUUACUCACAACUAACUCAUAUUUUCUAUAUCUUUAAACCUCUUUGAUAUUUCAAAUUUUGACUUCAUAUUUAACUUAACUGUUCGAAAUAUCAAAGGUCUAUGACAUCAGGGACCGAAUUUAAUGAAUGGAAGAGGUUGCUGAACUACCUACGCCGUUUCAUUCUUAAUUACCGAUUCAAAUGCUCAUGAAUCUUUACUUUUUGUGAUUUAAGAUUUGAACCGGCGGUAGGUAGUUUAGCAACCUAGCUUAAAUCAUUAAAUUAGGUUCCAGGUUGAAAAGAUUUAAGAAUUCAAAAAUGCAUGUAACGAGUUGUUCCUUUUAGAUAAUAUUUAGAUAUUUCAUUUUAUAAAUCUUCCGUUAAACUAUUGAGAUAAAGUUCAUGAUUAUGGAAUUUUUGAUUCGUUACAAGUAACUGCACUGUUAUAGGAUAGUAAAAAAUAUUAUUAAAUACUUGUAGAUUUUAAAAUUAAAGUUGGAAAAUACAUUUGAAAUUUUCUA